GUCGAUGGCCACAAACUAGUACCUAGGUGGCUAGGUGUAACCCCGUGUGACUGUGACAUCAACAAUGUUUACAAGACCGCGUAUGUUAUAAUAUGGUACUGAAUCAUUCAGUACCAGGUCGGAUCUUCUAGUACACACAUGACUGUAUUUCUAAAAGGAUUAACUUCUUUCUUAUCUGCAAGUAAGUCAAAUUUUACUACGUUUCAUAGAUUGGUACAUAUUAUAUGUUAAAGUCUCCUUGUUCGAUAAUUUAAAGGUACUUACCAAUAAAAAUAUGUAGAUACUUAUUUUAAAUUUCUUUUUGAAAUUCCCAAUUAAUAAUUUACAAUUAUAAAAUAAUAAUUAUAGGAAGGUAGGUUGGUAUACUUACCUAUAGGUUAUUAAAAAAUAUGAAAUUUAUUUAUUUAUAAUAAAACUACCUAUUCUAUUAAUUCUACAUUAAUCUCAAUUGUGUACCUUUCAAAAUUUCAUUACCUGUUAUAUUUAAUGCCGGGUAUGUUAUUAUAUUUUAUUUAUUUAUCAGCUAUAAAUACAAAAUAAAAUAAAUAGAUUAUUUAUAAAUAUAUUACAUUUAACAUUUAAGUAUUAUUUGUAUUUAUGUAAGUAUACAUGUAUUAUUUCAAAUACAUAAAUGUGUAUUUAAAAUAAUUGUUGAUAUACGUAUUAUUAUUUUAAUUUAAAUAAUUAAUGUAUUUAUAUAAUGGCAUAUAUUUAUAUUGAAAUAAUAACGUAUUAUUAUGGACGAAGUUAACUAUGAUUAAAUUGGAUAUUUGGAAAUAUUUAAAGUCAGUGAAAAUUGUAUUUAAUAAGCUGUUAAAAAUAAAAAAUAACUGAAUUUCGUAACAAUUGAUAGCGUGGCCCAGUUUUAUUAAUAACCAUAUAAGUUGUUCAUGUAUGCGCACGCAACACGUCCUUCGUCAUUUUUUUCCUUCUUAAUUCUCAACACAUGAUUUUCUACAACUAUGUGUAAGUGUGAUAGUUUAUAGGUAAUUGACCUAUCUGUGUACUCUGUUAUUUAAUAUGUAGUCGAAUGGCCAUUUUUAAGAUUGCAAUAACCCUGUAAUAAAAUAUGAUUAACGUAUUAUCAUCAGCCUUCUUUCAAAUUUAUGAUUUUCAUAAAUUUUGUACACAGAUAGGUAUGUAUCUACAUGAAGAAAUAUUAAAUAUAAAUGUAUUAGGUGUAGAGUAUUAGGUACCAUCAAAUAUUAAUAAUUACAAUUGUCAUGUGGACAAAUGUUCACAUGUUCAUUAAAACUUAAAUACAGUUUAUAUAGCAAUAUAGAUACCUAAUGUAUAGGUAAAAAUAUAAUAUAAUCAUAUUAUAUGAUACAUGAUUAUUUAUUUUUAAAUUAGAAUAUUUUUGAAUUGCAUAAAGUAAAAAUUAUAUUAUCAUUGUGAGCGUAUCGAGGGGGAGGGGGAAGAAGAAAAAUGGGCGAUUUCCACUCGUGCCCCUAUGGUUUUUAAUUUCAUCUAAAACGUAUAAAAACAUAUGCAUGACUAAACAUUGUCAUUACUUUUGCAUUACCUUCCCCCCUGGAAAAAUUUCUGCGGAAACUUAUAAUAAUCUUUAAUAUUAUGCUGUACUUAUUUUGGAUAUAAUGCCUGGUAUAUUGAUAUUUGAUUUAUAUAAAAUAAUAAAAUUGUAUAAAAUGUAGGUACCUAAGUAGGUAUAUGAAAAGUAAAAACAGUAAUACACAAUUUUUAUUGAUUUAUUUAUAUAUAAGGUAUUCUAUUUCUUAAAUAAGUAUUACAAAUUCAAAUUCAAUUUAUUUAAAACAAAUUUAAACCAUUCAAAAACUUUACUAAACAAAUUAUAAGCAUCCUGGAUUUUUAAAAAUAAGUAUUUCCUUUUGAAUGACAAAUGUUGUUACUCUUACUACAUUUUGUUUAAUUUGAUAUUUUAAAAUGUAACAAUUUGCUUUGUUUAUUAAUAAUGAAUGGCAAAACUAAUAACAGGUUUCAAACACCAGUUUUUAUUAUAAUUAUACAUUUAAAUAAUCUUACAUAAUUUUAUAGGUUAUUGAUCUUAGUAAAUAUAUAAAACUGCUUAGGUCUUGGAUUUGGAAAGGUUUAGAUUUACGAAGGUUAGGUAAUCAUCAUGUUGACAUUUUGGUCUAAUUGAAAUUGCACAAUUUUUAUAUAAAAAUGUUUAAAUGUAUAUCUAUCAACUAUUGACAUACUAAUAAAUUAAUUAAUAUGUCCAUGCUACUAAUAGCUUAUGAAUAAAUCUAUUUACUAUCAAUUAUUUAUCUACUUAUUCGUCUGAUCUAUAAAUUGAACCAUGAAUAUAUAAUAGUAUUAGACUUGAACUAUUCAGUUUAUUUUAUUGUUAUUGCUUAAUUUACUGUUUAUCCAUAUACAUACCUUUAUAAAUACGUUAUACUUUAUUUUUUUUCCUGAUUUAAUAAUAAAUCCAUAUGAAAAUAGUUAGUAAUUAGUCAUAAUAUAAAUUUUAAAAUACUAUGAUUAAUGUAGUAUGUUUUUAAUUUUUUAUAAUCGUAUUUUAUUCGUAUUAUACUCAGCUAUUUACUUUUUUAUAAAGUAUUUCAUACUUUUCACAUUUAUUUUUAUUACCUAUCUAUUAAUAUAGGUACCUUAAAAUUGACUAUUGGAUAUUGAUUUAUUGAACAUACAAAACUAAAUUGUACUUUUGUCGGAAUAUUCUAAAAUAAUAUUUAAUACCACUCUUAAUUUAAAAAUAAAUAUACAGAAAAAAACACAAAAGAAAUCAACAUGUAAUAUAUUAUUUAUUAUACAAUUUAUUUAAACUUCUUUAAUAUUUUUUUUUUAUUCUAUAAUAUACAUAUAAAUAGAUAGGUAUUUAUUUUAAAGAACUAGUACCUUUAAUCUAGUUUAAACAUAUAAUUCAUUAACGAUCACAUAUAUUUUGUAUGAUAUGAUAUGAUAACAUUUAAAUGUUAUAUUACUGGCAUACAUGUAUUAUAUAGGUUUAUUUAUUUAUUGGUUUUCCAAAAUAUUCAAAUUAUUAAUGUUUGUUUGUUUCAAAAAUUAAAUUAAAUUUAGUAAUCUAUCUCUAUAAUGUACUUCCGCAUAGUUUACGAGGACAUAUUAUUAUAUUAAAAAUGUGUUGACAUCCGUCAAAAUAUUUUGCUUGUUCCUUUUAUAGUGUGUAGAUUAAUUGAAGUGUAUGUCACGGUCAUCUUUUAAACUGUAGUCAGUGAACACUUUUUUUAUCAUUAUUCAUAUAUAAGGUCGACCAGUAGAUCUCUUGCAACAUAUAUUUUAACAGCCCUUCAUCACUUUCGGGUCCCCAUGUUAGGUAAAUCUAGGAAACCAUGAUUAUAUUCACUAUUUUUUGUAAAUAUUAGUAUGGAUGAAAUAUUAUGACAUUAUUUAAUAACUUUUAGUUAUUUAUGCAUUAUACAUUUUAAUUUAGUUAAUAAAUAAGUAAUAGAAAUAUACCUAUCGGUAUGUAGGUAAUUGAUAAACUAAUUUUUAAUAUUCGACAUAAUAUGUUAUUUUUAUAUAUAAUACUAAUAUACUAUGAUUUGAAUGCCUCUGUGAAUCUUAUAUUAAACAAUUUUAUAUAUAAGUAGUAUUGUAGAUAGUAGAUCAUGAUGAUGUAGAAUGGAGAAACAGUAAGGAGGAAGAAUACAAUUAACAAACCAACCUACUUUAUAUGUAAAAUACCAAUUUAUUAAUUUGAUUUUAACAAUAUGAACUGAAGUAGUCUGAUUGUUUCAUCUUUAAUUUAUUGUUCAUUACUAUUCUUCAAUAGGAGACCUGUAUUUUUAAUUUAUUUGUAUCUAUUACAUCUCUAUUAUGUCAUUUGGUCCAAAUGCCUGAGGGGUUCAUAACACUAUAUUUAUUCUCUCCGGGAACACUUUUGUUUUCUAUAUAUGUACUCCUUCGGUCAAGGUUGAUAGAUUCAAGGCUUAGAUUUCACUUUUAGAUGAACUUUAUAAUUUAUUCUAAUACUUGCACAUAUAAUUAUAAAAUGAAAUGUAUAAUACAUAUUACGUGUAUACACAAUUAAUGAAGCAAUACAGUUAUUCUAAAACCAUUUAAUCUAUAAUAUUUAUAAACAUGCUAACUAAAAAAUACUUAUUUUAAAUAAAUGCAUACCAAUUUAUUUAAGUAGUUGUUAAGAGCUUUUAUUUGGAGGUUUAAUGUUUGAUGAUGAUGAUGAUGAUGUUAUUUACGAUUGAUUACAAUUCUUUUAUGAGUUGGGAUAUUUUUCAUAACGAAAAAGAAAAAAAAAUUUGAAUAGUGGCCCUCAAAUAAGGUUAAAAACAUUAAUACCUACUUAUUUCGUAGUUAUGUUUGAUGGUGAAAUGUAUGAGAUAAUAUAUUAAAACGAACUCUUAAAAUUUGUAUUAAUUUUACAUAAAAUGACCUUCAAGAAGGCAUUUACCUAUAUAAAUUAUACAAAUAAUAUUGAGCAUAACAAUUUGCAAAAUCUCUUUUAGACUGAAUAAAAAAAACUGUUUUAUAAUCUAGAUAUAUUUAUUAGGUAUAUUAAAUAUUUAAUUAAAUUUUAAUAUUUUCAAAUACCUAUACUUAAAAGUUAUGUGUAAAUAUAUUAUGAAGUACCUAAAUUAAGAGAACAGUAGGUAGAUUAAAUAUGUACCUAAAUAAAACAAAUAUAACUAAGAAAACAGUUGUAAAAUAUACUAGGUAUACAAUCUAAAUUUACAAAAAAAAAAUUUAUUUCAAAGACGUUUCAUAUAGAAUAUAAUUUAUUAAUAUCCUAAAAUAAUUUAAAUUUAAUUUUAAUAAUAAAUUGAAUCCAUCAUCAUAAAAUUGUAUGAUUUCCAUAAAAAAACGUGUCAAAAAGUAUUGACCCAGAGCAACAAUAUUGUAGGUAGGUAGUUCAUUAUUUUUUAUUUUGUACUUUCCCUUUAUUCCCUUACUUUAUGUUACACAACAUAUAGGUUACCUUAAACUUGGCAUCAUGUGUAUUGCAUUUUAUAUCAAACUAUAUAGGUAUAUAAAUGUAUAUAUUUAUAUAUUUUAUAAUGAUUGAGCAAAUGUCUACAUUAUGUCGAUAAUUAUUAUUUUGAUUUGAAUCUUAAUCCUUUCGUAUUUCAUUAACUGUUACAUAUUUUUUAUAUACAUUUUAAAAUGUUAAUAUUUUAAUUAUUAACCAAACCAAGAGUAUAGAAUGAAGUUUUAUAACAUAUAUUUUAAAAACUGAUAUAUAUUAUUAUACUUGAUUAACACUGGAAUUAAAUUUAAAAUGUUCAUCAAUACACAAUCACAGCAUGGUGAAAGUAGGACAUUGAUUUGGUAAUAAUAUAUGGUCAGCACAGAAUAACAUACGAGACAAUUUUUUAUUCAUUUCAAUACAUAAUAAACUAGUAUGAGUGGUUGUAUGUGGAUGUGCAAAACGUAGUAAAAUUAUUUUAAUUAAAUAACGAAAACUUUGUAAUUACUAUGAAAUUUCUUGUUCAAGAUUAACAAGUCUUUAAAUUUAAUUAUUUAGAUGUAACUACCUUAGCAUUUAUGUAUAUUUAUUUAUACACAUUACACAUAAUAUUCCAACGUAGAAUAAUUAUGAUAAAAUACCUGUAUACACAAUAACAUUCAUUACAUACAAAUUAGGUAGGUAUGCUAUACAAAUUGGUAUGGUAUUUUAUAAUUGCAUUUAUGUUUAACAAUGAUGUGUUAUUUUAGGGAUGUAGUUUUUUUUUAGUGAGUAUUAUUAUUAAAAUGAAUUGUUAUAAUUUCUAUCGUAUGAAAAAUAUUUCCUAAAAAAUUAUAAAUUUGAUUUUAAAUUUCAUAUUUUAGGUAUAACAUCAGAUUUAAUAGGUACAUAAUUAGUUUACUUCUAUGAUACAAAUAAUGCAUAAAUAAAUUAGUAGAUACUUAUAGUAACUAUUUAAUUUUUACUUUGGCAAUUUUAUGUAUAAAUAUCAUAAAACAUGUUUCUUACUUUUUUAGUUAGAUAUAAAUAAAUAUCAAUUAUUUUGUAAUACAUUUAAUAUUAAAACUAAAAAUAAUCUAAAUAACUUUUAAGUUGUAUAACAUUAACAAACCUAGAACCAUUUUUUUUUCCUUUAUUUUCUAGUGCUUAUUGUUAAUGAAGGUUUUUUACACCGGAAAUAUAUUUUUCAAUGACAAAUAUUCAAUGCUUGAGAAUUUGUAGUAUUUAUAUCGUUUAUAUUAAACUAGUUAAUUGGAAGUGUUAUGUAUUUUAUAGAUUGUAUUGUAUAACAUUAAAUAACACUAUGACAUUAUUAUGGAUUAUAGAUUAUGUGUUACUUAAUAAGUUUGACAACAAUUAUGGGAGAAACAAAUCAAUCUUAGUUUUUAUUAAUAUGGGUCAAUUUAUACCUAUAUAGUAUACUUGAUAUAAAAUAAAUAAAAAUUAUAAAAAACGUUUUAUUAAAAUGAUUGGUACUUGCGGUUCUCUUGUGUAAUGUGUACCAAAAAAAAAAAAAACUUUUACCUACAAUUCAAUAAUUUAUUUAGGUCAAGCGUACCAAUUAUAAAUAAUUGUUAAAUAUUAAACAUAUAGGUAGAUACUAAUUUUUUUUAAAAUCGCGGACAUUUAAUUUCGGUUAAACAACUAUCAUAAUUCAGAACUGUACACAACUUUCUAAAACUAAUAGGUAUAAUAUAAGCCUCAUCAAAAUUAAUAAUGUGAUCUUAUUUAAUUUUGAACUUAAAAAUUAAACUUUACAAAAUCUUUGUCCCAAAAAUAUGUUUUUAUAACGUGGUGGUUUUAUGCAAAAGUAAAAAAAAAAAGUUGAUCACUAUUUAUAAUUCUUAAAACUUUUUUUGUAUAUUUUUAGUAUUCUCUUAUUGUUUAGGCUUUAGGAUACCUAUCUACUAAUACUCCAUCAAUAAUCAUAUAUCUAGUUGUAAAAAUAUAAUAUAAAUUUAAAAUUUUCAAUAACACAAUAAAAAUGUCUCACUAAAGUAAAUAAGUAGUAAAGUCCCAAUAAUGUAUAACUUUCAUAAAUUUGUUAGAAAUUAAUUUUAGAUAUCCUUAUAGAUUUUUAUUUUUAGGUAUACAGAUAUUGUUGGUCUUCUUAAAGUGGAUUUAUAAAUUUUUAUAAUGAUACUCAAAGUUUAGUAAAUAGUUAUAAAACAAUAAUUUAAAUAUUCAUAUUAAUUAUUCGUAACUAUAACACAUUAUGUAAUUUAUUCAAUUGUCAUAAACUCAUAAAAUAUCAUAAACUACAAAAUAAAAAUGAGUAAAGAAAAGAUGAUCAAAAUAGGUUAUAUUUAUAUGAUAUUAGAAUUUUCCAGGGGUUUUUGAAAAAAACAGAAAAUCUGUAAUAAAUUCUAUGUUUAUUUGAUGUUAAUUCAGAUUUUCUUCUGGAUUUAAUUUUGAUAAAUUGUAAAAUGUAUUGAAUAAUUGAUUCUUUGGUUCAUGAAAUAUUUCCUAUAGUUUAAAUUAUAUUUAUUUUUCGAUUUUUAUAGAAUUUUUAAUUUGAAUUCCAAAUACUUAUAAUAGUUAUAAAUAUAUAAUACAAGGUAAACUAUUAUAUUUAUUAAUAAUAAUUAGUAAUAAUUAAGACAUUAAAUUUCAAAUAUCUUUUUUAUAUACAAUUAUUUUACAUUUCGUCAAAUUUCAUAAUUAUACAUUAAUAAAAAAAAAUCAGUAUUGUACUAAAUUUAAGAAUAAUGGAUUUUUUUUUGAUAGGUAUGUGGAAUAUAUAUAUAGAUUAUACAAUUUUACAAUUUUGUAUGAAUUAAUCUAAUUUCGCCUUGGAAUAGUAGGUAGGUAUUAUAUGAAUAAAUAAAUUAUGAAUUAUUAUUUUAUUAGGUACCUAAUAAUAUAGAUGCCUAACUACUUGACAAUUAGUACACAUAACAUCUUAAUAAUGCAUCUUUAAUAUUUUAUAAUAAUAUUUUUUUUUAAAUUUAUUAUUUGCAAGCUAACCUUCAAUAAGUAUUGAUAUGGCUUUUCUUUUUUGUUCUGUAAAUUUUAAUAAUAGAAUAGGUCAAUUAUUUAUUAUGACAUUUUUAUAAUACCUAUGAGUAUACCUAUUAUAUAUAAAUAUAAUUAAUGAAAUUGUCUUAAUUGUUAGUAAGCAUUGUUGUUGGACUUAUUAAAUGUUGAAGGUUUGUUUAUAAAAUGUAAAAAAAUCUAUGUAUCAUGUAGAUACAUAACCUAUAUUCAUACCAAAUUAUUAUUUUUUUAUUAUAUAUUUUUUAUACAUAUUUUUGUAUUUGAAGACCCUUCAAAAUUUAACAAUUUUAAUCAACAUUUUAUAAAGUGAUUUUCAAAUAAUAGUUAAUAGCUACAUUUAUAAUAUUUUUAAAUUGCAUUAAAAAUCAAAUAGUAGGUACAUGGGUAAUUAUAUUUUUUACAUCUACUUACUUACAGUAUUAUAAUUUUAUUUGAUGUAAUUUUCACUUAAAUAAUUUCAUUAAUUUUGUGCAAGUCAAAAACUAUACUUAAAAAAAUGUUUUUUUCUUUUAAUUAGAUAGGUACCUAACCUAAUCUAUAUUUUUAAUUUUAAGUAGGUGCCUACUACAGUUUAUUAUAUUUUUACCUUAAUUUACUUUAUUUUUACAACUUUUAAAUAUUAACGUAAUAGUAAAAAGUAUUACUAAAUUCUGAGAUAUUUUGAUACAGUUAAAUCUAAUUGUUUUCAACAGUUCAAUUUAAUUAAUUUCUGUUGUAAGUUUCAGUAGUUUAAUUAUAAACACUAUUUACAGUGACAUUAUUAUGGUGCAAAAAAUAAAGAGUGCAAUAAAAUUCAAAAUCUUUGACCCACAAUUGCAUUAACUUCACCAAUAUUGAUAGAGAAUGUACACUAAUCAGAAAUGUGUAAAUCAAAUUUUUAUUUAAAAAAAAACAAUAAUUAUUAAUUUUUUUUUCAUACGGCUUUAUGAGCAACAAUCAUUAAAUUAAUAAAAUAUAAAAUUCUCAUAAAAAAGGUAAAAAUAGAAAAUGUAUAUAUAUAUAUAUAUAAUAUAUAUAAUAAAAUAUAUUAAAUAAAAAAUAUAAAAUAAAAGACUAUGUUAUUAUGACUAAUAGUAUUGUGAAACUUAUAAGUCAAGACUCUGUAUUCAUUUAUCUGCGGUCUGGUUAGCUGCAUGUAUGUUUUAUAUGGUACUGUUGAAUACAUGUAGUGGACACUGAGAUUAUAUGUGGGAUGGUUUGACACACAUCAGCAGUCGCAAGCAAGGGAAUUUUCUAGUUUUCAUUUGUGUAAUAGAUAUUUGCACCUUCCAUGUUCAGUUCGUAGACGAUUCAAUAUCAGCCAUAUUUUCCUUGGUAAGUCAAAACCUGGCAGUUUGAUGGUUGGGUUGCUCACAAUUUUUUGCGUACCUGGGUUAUUAACUGGGGAUACAAAGGUAAUUUGCUUCCACGUAGAGUACUCCGAGAAACAUCAUAAACGGCUAAAGAAUAACCAACAACGGCUGCUGUAUUGUCUCUCGAUCUCACAGAUAUCAUGAGUAUCAUUAACUCAAAUUAUUAAUUAUUAAUUAUUAUUGCACAAAAACGUUUAAACAAGUAUUUAAUUUACAAUUUUAGUUAUCAUUAUUGUGACGUGACAUUUUAGUAAUGAUGUAUAGGUAUUAGGUGCUCGAGAUAGUUAAAACAUAAUUUGAUUGUAUUAAACAAAUAUGUUUGAACUUAAUUUUAGACUAUUUCGGAUGAUUUUAGUGGGUGUACCUACCAAUAAAUAUUAUUAUAUAACGUCGUCAAUGUACCAAUUUUGAACCACCACACAUAAAUUAUGCAAAAAAUAAUUUAUGUAAUUUUCAUAACUAAACAAUUAUAAAUUAUCAGAAAUACCUAAUUGUUGACUUGUGAUUCGAUCGGCUUUCAAUGGCGUUUAUUUAUUAUCUACCUAUAAUAUUAUAAACAGUAGGUACUUAUACUAAAAUGAAAUAUGCUUAUUCAAUUUAAAAGUAAAUAUUAAGUAAUAAUAAAUCUAAUAUACAUUUAUAUUUUAUGCUAGCCACAUAAAUAUUUGAAAUAUAAAUAAUACAUUUUUUUAAUAAUUUUGUCAAUGUGUACUGAGUUUAAUUUAAUAGUAAUUACUAUAACUCCUUGUAUUAUAGAAAAUGUAUUAAUAUGUUAAUCUUUUUUUAUGUUUUACAGAAUGUGUAGGGAUGCCCUUCAACUACAACAUCCUCCUCCCGCCUCUGUUGAAGUACGAAGUGCAUAUAAAAAAUAUAGUUCAUCAGCUAUUGUGCUUAGAGGAGUUUCUUUGACUGUCCGUAGGAAUACGAUGUAUGAAUAAAUUAUUUAAUCUAUGUAUUUCUAUAUUUAUUUUGCUUAAUUACCUAAGUGUAUAAUUAUUUUUACAAUAAUUAGUUUUGAUCUUAUUUCUUAACUAAAUUAUAAUAAAUAUAAUAAUUAUAUUUAUAUAUUUAUUUUAUAAUUAUGUAUGUAAUUUUGUGUAUCAACCUAAAUGUAUAUAUGUUUUAUAAUUUUGGGUCAAGAAUAUGGUUUUUUUUUUUUUUUUUAGAUAUGGUCUUUUAGGACCUAGUGGUUGUGGUAAAACAACACUUUUAAAUUGUAUAGUUGGUCAGACAAAGUUGGAUAAUGGUAUCAUCAAUUUAGAAUCAAAUGGCAUUGAUGAUAUAGGUUAUAUGCCUCAGGUAAUAUUUAUUAUUUUUUCUUAACUAAUUGAAUAAAAUAUAUUAUAAUAACAAAAUUUAUUUUUUUAGGAUUUAUGUUUAGAUCCUUUACUUAGUAUUGAAGAAAUUUUCAUUUAUUUUGGAACUAUUUUUGGCUUAUCCCGAAAUGAAAUUAUUACUCGUUACAAAUAUUUUAACAAUUUAUUUGACUUGCCUCCACGAAAUAUGUUAAUAAAUAAUUUAAGGUAAGCAAAGAAGAAGAGAAUAAAAAAUUUAGUUUAAAAUAACAAAAAUUACUUAAUAUGAAAGAAUUCAGGGGAUAGGAUAAAUUUGGUAUUUAAUUAGGUAAUUUUGUUAUAUUUGUAUAAAUAAUUUUUGUUGGGAGAACAAUAAUUUGUUUGAAUAUAGAACCUAUAUAUUUAUAUACAAUAGAUUGUUUUAUAAUAUUUUACUUAUUCAGGUUUAAAGUAGGUAUAUACUAUUGAAGGAAAUGGGUAUUAGAAGGUAUCAAACAUUGUAGAUUCAUUUAUCUUCAAACUAUCGGAGAUAAUUGAACCAUACUAUUACAGUUGAUGCAGAGUGCAGAAUGGAUCACUGUUCUACUAUUCUGCGGCACAGUGGUCCAACAGAAGAGUGGGCCAAACUUAAAAAUUUGAGUUUUUUUUUAUAUCAAUAAGUUAUUUUUGUAUUCUCAAUCAUUGUGCUGGUGUCACUGUGUUACACUGCUAUUGUAUUCGUUUGUCAUUAGCACGGACUAAGGUAUGUUAGAGUCCUUAGUCCGUAGUCAUCAGCGUGAUGUAGAGAAAAUACCAAUGAAUAAUUCAAUAAUGUAAUAAUAUUAAUAACACUACCGUAUCAUAAAUAUGCUGCAUAGACAUAUUAAUUCAAUAUAAUAAUUAUAAUAGUGAAUAUGACACGAUAGAUAGUAAAUUAAUGGUGAACGAGUCUAUUAAACAAGACAAUAGCGAUAAGGUUUUAAUUGUCAGUAGUCAGUGGUUGAUAGUUCAGUCUAUUUUUUAGAUUUGGAUCGUAGGGAUAUAUUGGUUUUACUAUGAUGCUUGUUUUUUUUUUUUUUGUGUGUGAGCAACUUUUUUACCAAAAAAUUUGCUCUGAAGUAUCCAGUGUAGAUGCUAUACUUGAUAUUUUUCUUGAAAAAAAUUGUAUUUAGUUAUUGCAUUGAGAAGAUCAUUUUUUAAUUUUCUAAGAGGUGUUAAAAAUAAUUAGAAUAAACCCAAAAGAAAAUUAUAGGUAAAACGGCAAAUAUUUAUGACGCCCUGCGACGUUACUGUUUUCAUUGUUUUAAAUUUUUGCAACUUAUGUUUUCUAAUAGAAAUAUUGCUCUGAUCGAAAACUGACAAGAUAUCGAUUUCGUUCUGUUGACAUAUAGUCACUAAAAUGGAUAGUCGUUUUUUGAUAUCCAAAAUAUUUUUCAUAAUAAUUGGGAAAAACCAUAAAGAUAAAAAAUACGAUUUUUUUUCAAAUUACGGCGCAACAAUUCCAUUAUUAUAAAUUUGUACAGCUUAUGUUUUCUACAAAAAAAUUUGCUUCGAUAGAACAAUAACAAGAAACUCUUUUUUGGUUUAAUUUUAAUCUAGUUUGUGGGUAAUAAAUUCGUUUUUUGAUUAAAAUAGUUAUUUUUGUAAUAAUUGAGAAAAACCGAAAAACACGUAGAAAGAUCGGAACAAUUUAUGAAAAUAAUUAUUUAUUAUUAUAAAUCUUGUUUUUUUUUUUUUUAAUGUAAUUCAGUUAAAUUUCUUUCAACUGAAUAAAAAGUAAAGACUUGACAUUUUAACAGAAAUUUACUUUUUACUUUUUUUAGACGUGGUAAAACUUUCAAAAUAUUCUUGAGCAAUACAUUUUAAUUUUGCGAUUUUUGUUAUGUAAUAUUUAUUUAGUAUGCACUUUUUGUAUAAAAUUGUUACACUAGACAGAAAUGCUUGAAAAUUUGACAGGAGGUACAUUAUAGUCGUACUUAGGGGUAGAUAAAAGAGACGGAUUUACCUCACACAAUGGGUGGACCACUGUCAGGGACGCAAUUUCAAAUAAAAAAAAACCUAGUUCAUACAAACAAGAGAUCUAUAAAAUAUAAUAGUUCCUGCUCACUCUUUUCUAUUAUACUACACCUAUUAACCAUUGGUUGAAGAAAUAAAGUAAAAUAUGUAGAACAGUUGUUCAGUCGUUGGUUCAUAGAAUCUUUGUCGUUUUGUGACAAAUAAUUAAUUUACUCAUCUACAUAAUAAUACCUAACAUUUUAAGUUGAUUUUUAUUUAUUUAUAGAAUGUCCUUAUUUUAAUAUUUCUUUGUAAUUUGUAUUUGUUAUGAAUAUGCAUAUGCAAUAGGUAUUAUAUUUUAAUGGAACUUAUAUUGUAUAAUUAAUUACAGAGAAAAGGUACAGUUUGAUGAUAUAGUCAGAUUUUAUAUUCUCUUAAAACACUUGAGAUAUGAUACUAGUAUUCUCUUAAAAAUUAUAAAACAUGCAAAGAGAUUUGUUAUUUUCAUAAAAUAGGUACUCAUAUUUUAACUUUGCCAAUUGUCUAGGUAAUUUUUAUUUGGUUGGUAUUCGGUGAAUAAAAUUAUUUAACUAAAAAGAAAUGUUUGAAAAUUUAACAUAAGGUAUAUUAUAAGUAAGGUUAGUGAACUAAAAAACAAAUAUAUGUUUAAUGAGUUCAUUUUUCAUUAACAGCGUUUUUAGUUAAGAUUUUAACGAAAAUCGUAAUAAUUACGGUAUUUCAAAAUUUCACCGAAUUUUGAUCUGAGUCAUUUUUUGUUAGUAGUGGUUGAACGUUGCAUAUGGUAGGUCUACUUUUACUUCUUUGAUAUAUAGACUGUGGCUAGGGACAAUCUAUAAAAGAUUACAAAUCAUUGGAAAAACUGUUUCAUAAAUAAACAAAUUAUAUCAUUCUAUUAGUUAUUGCUUUAGAUAUUUUGUUAUAGAAUAUGGUAUCUAAUAAUAUUAUAAUAUAUUAUAUUUAAUAGGAAUACUCAGAAAAUGAAUUAAAAUCAUUAACCAAUAAACCUUUAUUAUUAUUUUAAUCAUUUUCUUUUCAGUAUAUUAUAUUUUUUUUAUAAUAACAUGACAUAUUUUUGGGAGUACUAAUUUUAAAACUAAGGGUGCUAAGUACACCAAAGCCCCCCUAAUUGCGCCUAUAACUACUGUUGUAGAUGAGAAAUUGGGAUAAAUCAUUGCUAACGAAAAAGGUUUUUUAGCGGAGCUCAGUUAAUAGUAGAGCUUUUUUAACAAUAUGUGUAAUAUUAUAGUAAAAGUAAAAUAAAUAUAUAUUGAAAAAUUAAGUAGACCUUUAACUAGGUUUGUUUUCCAUCAUUUUUUACUAAAACAAUUAUUGUCAAAUUUGAAAUUGUAGUAAUUCUUACAAAAAAAAAAAAAAUUACUACAUUAAAAUCAAUUUUUUUUUCUACAAAGUUUAACUUCUAAUGAACCUCCUGUUCAAUUUUAAAGUAUUUCUGUUUAGUCCAACAAUUUUCUUUAUAGACAGAGUACCUACCAAAUAAAAAUUACUCACAAAAUUAUAAUGUAUUAUAAAAAGCUCAAAAAUUGCUCAAAUGUUUUUAAAGUUUUACUACGUGUAGAAAAGGCAAAUCUAAGUUUUCUGUCCAAAUUUUAAGUCAUUACGAAUAUUUUUAACUAAAUUAUAAAUGCAUUAUUUUUGUAAAUUUUCCCGUUUUUCCCAGAUAUUAUGAAAACUAACUGAAAAAUAAAAAAUCACCUUGUCCAAAGUACUAUGUAGAUAAAUUUUCAUUUCAUAAAAAGCAUUACAUUUGAUAAAUUGGAUUAAAAAAAUACGCUCAUGUUUAUGUGUUCUAAAGUUAUGAAAAUUGAUAUUUAUUGUUUUGUGAAGGUAUUGCACAUAUCUAUUUAAUCCAAAUUAUAGUUUAUGUAAUAUACACACACACACACACAUAUAUAUAUAUAUAAAUAUUUUAUUGAAGUUAGUUGGAUAUCUGUAAAUAAACUUAUUGCAUAAUACCUUUAUUGAUUUUAUAAAUUAAAUUUUAAAAUUUAAGAGAACAAUUGUUCAGAUGAUUGAGUAUGAAUAAUUAAUAAUAUAUUAGUGUAAAAAAUGUUCCAAAUUUAUAGUCUAGAAUACUAGAUUCAUAGCAUUUUUAUAACAUAUUAUAUGAGAUUUAAUAAUAUAUUUACAAAUAUUGAAUCCAAUAAUAUUUUUUGUAGUGGAGGUCAACAGAGAAGAGUUUCACUUGCAAUUGCUCUUCUCCAUAAUCCAACUUUAUUAAUAUUAGAUGAGCCUACAGUUGGAUUAGAUCCAAUAUUAAGUGAAAAGUAAGUUAGAAAGUAUUCAGCUAUAUACAUAUUUAUGUUAUCUAUGCAAAAUAUGUUCAUAAUAAUAUCAUUUUUUUUUUUAGAAUAUGGUUACAUCUUUCUGAUCUGUCUUCUGAAGGCAAAACAAUUAUUAUAACUACACAUUACAUUGAAGAAGCUAGAAGAGCACAUACUGUUGGCAUGAUGAGAAGUGGAGUAAUAUUGUCAGAAGACGCUCCAGAAAAUUUAAUGAAAUGUUAUGGAUGUUCAUCUUUAGAAGAUGUGUUUCUCAAGUUAUGUAUGAUUGAUACAUCAAAAGUCAUACAUGUGAGUUACUAAAUUUCUUGAUAUAAUUUUUAAGUUAAAAGAAUUUUAUUUUUAAAACUAUUUCUUAUUUAUAAACAUAAAUCAUAUUAUUUGAAUAACAUAAAAUAAAUUAAAAAAUUAUUAUUAUUAUUAUUGUUGUUAGUUGAUAUUUAAUUAUUAUAUGUUAUUUUUUAGAAGACUUCUUUGCCUAUUGAUGAUGAAAUACAAAAAAAAUUGUUACCUUUAGACAGUAACAAAAAAUUUGAAACCAGACGAUUUCGAGCACAGAUGUUGAAAAAUAGAUUUUUAUUAUGGAGAAACAAACAGUAAUAUAAUUGAUUAUUAUAAAUUAUAAUAGUAUAAUACUAUUUUAUGCAUUUAUACUUUGAUGAUUUUAAUUAAAACACAUUCUUUAGGAUGACUUAUUUAAUGUUAUGUCUGCCAGUUAUUAUAACUGUAUUUUUUAAUAUGGCAAUUGGAUCUGAUCCUAAGAAUAUCAAUAUUGGAAUUAUAAAUGAAGAAAUCGAUUUCAGAAAUUGUGUAAAUUUUACUUAUAAACAUAAUAAUAAUUGUUUCUUGGAUGAUAAAAUGUAUGGUAGUUGUCAAUUAAUUUACCAACUUAAUAAAAGAACUUAUAAGAUCGUAAGUUUAUAACUUUAAACUCUUAUGUAUAUAUUAUAUUACUAAUUUGUAAAUUAUGAUAUGUGCAGAAAAAUUAUAAUGAUAUUGAAGAUGCGAAGAGGUCAAUAAAAAAAAAUAAAAUUUGGGCUUUGUUACGAUUCAAUUUUAAUUAUACAGAAUCACUAAAGAAUAGAGUUAGUACUGGUCGAGAUAGUACUGAUGAUGUAAUUGAUCAUAGUUUCUUAGAAUUUUGGGUUGAUGAUUCAGGUUAUUUUAUUUCUUGAAGUGAUUAAAAUAAAUGUUUAUAUCAUUAAGUUUUACGUGUAUGUUUUAGAUAGAUAUAUGUCAAUUUUAAUUGAAAGGGAUGUGACAUUAAGUUUAUCUGAUGCUUUGAAAAAUCUAGUUGGUUCUUGUAAUGAUUCAUUGGAUAAAGUAAUAUCUUAUCCCAUCAAGGUACGUAUUCAUUUUGUUUUCAAAUUAUAUGUUGUUAAUUUUUAAAUCACUAAUCUAUUUAGAUUCAUGAUGCUAUAUACGGUUCCAAUUCAGGAUCUUUUACACAAUUUGUUGCACCAGGCACAGUAUGCAUGUACGUAUUAACUAUGCCGUUUAUUAUUAUUGCAAAAUAAAUACUAGUUUUCAUAAUUGUCAUUAUUUUUAGAUACUAACAAGUAACAAUUCCAGCAGUAAAUAAUUUAUAUAUAGUUCUAAUCUAUUUCUGUUAAAUGUAAAACAUGUAAUCAAACUUAGAUUUAAUUUUUGUAUACUUUUUCAGAUGUAUGUUUUUUUUGCCAAUUAUUUUCACAACUUUUGUUAUGCUUGAUGAGCAAAAUGAUGGUAUACUGGAUCGGGUAUUAACUUCUGGCAUGACAUAUCUUGAAAUUGCAUUAGCUCAUUCAGUUGUUCAAUUUACAUACAUCUGUAUACAAGCAAUUGAAAUUUUAAUAAUUAUGUAUAUAUUUUAUGGUAACCCGUUUAUUGGAUCAGUUACAAUUGGAUUUAGUCUUCUUAUAGUGAUUGGAAUAACAGGAAUGAUUUAUGGUUGGUUAUUAUUCUAGUCAAAUUAUUAUUAUUUGUAUACAUAAAUAUGUCCUUACAAUAAAAAUUAUUUCAAGGUUUUGUAUUGGCUUUGGCAAAUGACAGUCAUUUUGCUGCUGGAUUUGCAGGAAUUGGUAGCAAUUUUUUGUUGAUGUGUGCUUGUGGUAAAUACAUAAAUAUCAUAUUUUGUAUUAAUUUUAAUAUUUUAAACAAAAUAAACUUCUAAUAUUUAGGUUUUAUUUGGCCUACCCAAGGUGCUCGCCAUUUUGUCAAGUAUACUAAUAAGUUUGUUCCAAUAACAUUGGCUAUUGAAGCAUUAAGAGGUAUAACAAUGCGUGGUUGGUCUUUUGAUCACAAGGCUGUUUACAUGGGCUUUAUUUCGAUGUUUAUAUGGGCUUUGAUUUUUUACAUAAUAUCUUAUGCAUUAUACAAAUCAAAGAAAGGCACAUGGAGGAAAGUGUAGAUAUUGUAGAUCUGCAGGAUCUCAAAAUAAAAGUAACUUAAUGUGUCAAGUACAAAAGACUGCCAGAAUGCUUUGUGGCAAUUAAAUAUAUUUAGUUUGUUAUGUUAAAAAUCUAUAAGCAAUUGUGAAUAAAUGUAUUUAUGUAUAACUGUAAUUAAUUUAUUACAUAGAAUUCUAUAACAUUUUGUUAAAGAAAAUGGAAAAAAAAAAUUUUCUCAGUGCAAAAAUACUAUUUAUUAUUCAUAAUACAAUAAUUGUAAUAUAAUAAAAAAAAAAUUAUUUAGGUGCAUUUAUUCAAAUUAAAAUUGUUAUUUUUUAUAAUUAUUUAUAAAUGAAAAGACUGUUUGUAUUACUUUUUUACAGUCAUUAAUGUGGUCAAUUAUUUCUAAUUUUUCAUUAACAUCAUUAAUAAAUUGAUUAAUGUUAUCUUCGACUGUUUUAUCAUUAGAUUGUAUUUCUAAAUAACUUGUAGCCAAAUGUGCCAAUGAUGAUUUUUCUGAAUUAAAUAUACUGUCAAGAUCAAAUAACUCUAAAAAUGGAGAUGGUAACUCUUGAAAUGGUGGUGGAUAUACCUAUAAGAUAAACACAUUUGAAAAAAUGAAUUGAUACCAUACAUAACUCAUACUUACAGCAAAUUGUAAAGCAGGCAAGGUGUCAUUAAAUGUCGGAGGAAUGAGCUGUAACUGAUUGUGAGGAACACUUAAAGUUUUGUAUGCUUUUAAUGUAUCUGGUAACAUUGAAGUGUUUAAGGAACACAAUUUAGUUUCUAUAAGGGAAUUUAUAUUAUCUGCCGAAAAUAAUAAAUGACCAGUGCUAUUCAAACUUUCUUGAAGUUGAAGACCGGUGCGUACACGAGAUGACAAGAUUCCAAUGUCUGGUAUCAUUUUAUAAUCUGAUGUCUUGAAAAUAAAAAAUAAAAACUAUUUAUUAAAAAAAUAAUUAAAUAUAAAUUAAAUUCAAAGAUAAAG